UCGUGACGCCGCUCUAGCCUCACGCAGCGAUUCUCUAUGGUUAAGCAGGUUGAGUCUUUGUGGGCUCGGAGGUGUCAUGGCGUCCGUCGAGGUGGCAGAGCCUGAAGCUGCCGGGAGGAGCCGCUGACGCCGCUCUCCGAGCCGGGGAGGGAGUAAUGGUCGGGGCGCUGGGACUCUUUCUCUAGGCUUCAGCCGGAGCCCGGUCUUUCCUGAGCGUGCGAGCCGGGCGGGGUGGCAAGAGCCGGCUCUCCGAGCCCAGGCUGCCCAGCCCCCGGGGGAGAUAGCGAGCCGGGGCUGAGCUGUUCUGGGGUCCAACGCCACCCCUGGUGUGGGUGCUGCCUCGGGGAGGCCUUUAGCCAGCGCUGAGGACAGUUGGGGCCCGUUGAGCAGCAGCAGCAGUAGAGAUGGCCUCCUGGUUAGGGGGCCUGGGCUCGGGGCUGGGCCAGUCCCUGGGGCAGGUGGGGGGCAGCUUGUCCUCCCUUACCGGCCAGAUCUCCAGCUUCACCAAAGACAUCCUGCUGGAGGGCACCGAGGAAGUGGGAGAUGCACCAGCGGAACUCCAAGUAUCCAAUUCUAGGCUAAGAGAAAUAGAAAGUACUCAUGCAACACAGAGAUUGGAGAAUGAGAGACUGAAGAAGGUUUGCAGUGAUCUAGAAGAAAAGCAUGAAGCAGCAGAGCUUCAGAUAAAGCAGUUGUCCAUAGAGUACCGAAAUCAGCUGCAGCAAAGAGAGGUUGAAAUCAGCCAUCUAAAAGCUAGACAGAAUGCACUGCAGGAACAAUUGCAGAAGUUGCAGACAGCUGCUCAGUCAGCACAGUUAGGAGCUGGUGUUUUGCCGCCAACCACUACAUCAGCUUCCUUUGUCCCUGUGGUUAGACAUCAUUCUUCAGGUUUUCAAGGGGAUGACAUGGACUUUGGAGAUGUAAUCUGGUCCCAGCAAGAAAUAAACAGAUUGUCCAAUGAAGUUUCUAGACUUGAAUCUGAGGUUGACCACUGGAUGCAGAUAGCACAGUCUUCCAGAGUACGAGGAACAGAUAACGCUGAUCAAAGUGAAAUCUGCAAGCUGCAAAAUAUUAUUAAAGAGCUGAAACAGAAUUUAAGUCAAGAAAUAGAUGAACAUCAGCAUAAGCUUUCAGUGUUACAGGAUGCACAUCGACAGAAACUAGCAGAGAUAAGUCGUCGGCACCGGGAGGAGUUAAGUGAAUAUGAGGAGCGAAUUGAAGAACUUGAAAAUCAGUUACAGCAAGGUGGUGCAGGCAUUGAAAUCAGUGAUCUUUCUAAAAUUAGUGACCUGCAAAAGAACAUUCAAAUCCUACAAUCUGAAAAACCAGAGGACACGCAGACUAUGAAGGAACUGGAGGAUAAAGUAAAAAAUUUAAAUCAGAAAUUAUCUUCUGUAGAAAAUGAGAACAAAAUCCUGCUGAACGAAAGAGAACUGGUAAAGGUGGAAAACAGCCAAAUAACACAAGAAUAUGAAAGACUGAAAUCUGAUGUUAUUAAGCUUCAAAAUUAUGUUGCAGAACAGGAGACCAUUCUGAAAGAAGAGGGGAAAAAACUCCCACUGAUGACCUCAUCAGAGGAAGAAGUGCUCAGACUACAACAAGCACUGUUGGAUGCAGAAAAAGAAAUAAUGAGACUUAAUACCUUAAAUCAGGAAGAACUUCAGAAGAAACUGGCAAAUUUACAACAUAAAGAUGAGGAUAUUACAUCUGCAUCUAUUGAAGACCAGAACUUGGAAUUAAAUCAGUUAAGGCAGGAAUUGGAAAGGAAAGAGCAUGAACUCAAAGAAAGUAUUAUAGAAAGAGCAACACUAACAGCAGAAUUAGAAGAAUUGGACAAGCAGAAUCAAGAAACUAUGCAGCAUAUGAUUACCCUGAAAGAGCAGCUAUCAAAACAGCAUACAGAACCUGAUAGUACCAUCAACCAACUGAAACUUGACAUAAAUUUUGAAAGAAGGAAAGUGUCUGAAGUAGAAGUUGAGAAGAUGGAAUUGAGUAAGGAACUAGAAACCCAGAAAUUAAAAAUGAACCACUGUACAUUUGCACUUAAUGAUUUGCAUAUGAGUAAUCAGCAGCUUCAGCAUAACAUUAAGGAUUUACAAGAACAACUAAAGAAAUCCCAAGAUGGUAACUUGAAUAAUAAAAAGGAAAUUGCAGAAUUGAAGCAAAAUCUGAAACAAAAAGAGAAGGAACUUUCUGUUUCCCAGAACGAGUUAACAAAGAUAAUGAAUCAAGAAUCUAACAGUAACUAUCAAGAUCUUUCACUUAAAGAAAGAGAAGCAGAAAUUGCAAAACUAAAUGAAGAUAUUUCAGAAAAUAAACAACUAAAUCAAAAUUUGGAGAGAUCAGUUUGUGAUCUUAAAAUAGAAAAUGGAAAGCUGCUGACAGUCUGUGAAGAACUAAAACAGCAGUUGCAUGAAGCCUUUGCUGAGAAAAAUAAGGUUUCCCUGGAAAAAGAUACUAUGUUGGAGGCUUUGAAAAUGGAAAAAGGACAGUUGGAAACUGAAUUAAGCCAGACCAAAACGCAGCUGUUGGAACAAGCAAAAAAAUAUGAACAAACCACUGAGGACCUGUCAAAUGCACGUAACAUGAACACCACUGCAUUACAGCUUGAACAUGAGUGUCUAGUGAAAUGCAAUCAAGAAAGGGACUUUGAGAUAGCAGAACUCAAAAGGAGCAUUGAGCAGAUGGAAGCGGACCAUGAAGAAACUAAAGAGAUGUUGACAACUAGCUUAGGAGGACAAAAGCAGUUGACAGAACUCAUAAAAGAGAAAGAGGUGUUUGUUGAAACAUUUAAAAAUAGAGCUCUAGAGUUGCAACAGGAACUUGAGGAAUAUGUUAAGGAUUCCAAAAAGCAUGAGAUUUUAAGACAAAAUUUAGAAGAAAAGGACAAAAGUCUUGCAGCCAUGAAAGAAGAAAACAAUCAUCUGAAAGAAGAGAUUGAAAGACUAAAGGACCAGCAAAGCAGAUCUCCACCUGUGGCUGAGCCUAAAACACUAGAUAUUAUUACUGAACUUGAAACUGAGAUAACACAGUUACACGUAAUAAAGAAUAAUCUUGAAGAGGAAAUAAAACUUCACAAAAAAACAAUUGAAGAUCAGAGUCAGAAGACUGUGCAACUUCAACAGUCUUUGCAGGAGCAUAAAAGGGAAAUAGGUGAGUCUAAAUUUCAGUAUGAGCAAAUGAAUGUCACACAUGAAAAGCUUUUCUUGGAGAAAGAUGAGGAAAUUAAAAGUUUGCAGAGGACAAUUGAACAAAUUAAAACUCAGUUGCACAAUGAGAGGCACGUCUUUCAGACAGACUCCUCUGAUCUCUUUCAAGAAACCAAAGCCCAGUCGCUGAAUGGAGAAAAUGGUAAUGAAAAACACGACUUGUCUAAGUCUGAAAUUGAAAGACUAGUAAAAGGUAUCAAAGAGAGAGAGAGGGAGAUUAAGCUUCUGAAUGAAAAGAACGUCUUUUUAACUCAACAAAUUGAUCACUUGUCUAAAGAUCAAGUUGGUAAACUCACUCAGAUCAUCCAAGAGAAAGACUUAGAGAUACAAGCUCUCCAUGCAAGUAUUUCCUCUUCAUCAUAUAGACAGGAUGUUCUGUACCUUCAACAGCAACUUCAAGCCUAUGCCAUGGAAAGAGAACAGGUGCUGGCAGUUUUGAGUGAAAAAACUAGAGAAAACAGUCAGUUAAAAACAGAGUACCAUAAAAUCAUGGAUAUGGUAGCAACUAAGGAAGCAGCUCUGAUGAAGUUACAAGAAGAGAACCAAAAAUUAUCUAAUCGGUUUGAAAGUAACAGCCAAGAUAUGUUUAGAGAGACUGUUCAGAAUUUGUCCCGUAUCAUUCGAGAGAAAGAUAUUGAAAUAGAUGCCUUGAGUCAAAAAUGCCAAACCUUAUUGACUGUCCUACAGACAUCCAACAUAGGUACUGACAGUGGGUCAGGAGGUGUUAACAGUAAUCAGUUUGAGGAGCUUUUACAAGAGCGUGAUAAAUUAAAGCAACAAGUAAAGAAGAUGGAAGAGUGGAAGCAACAAGUAAUGACUACAGUCCAGAACAUGCAGCAUGAGUCAGCUCAUCUCCAGGAGGAGCUACACAAGCUUCAGGCACAAAUUUCAGUUGACAGUGAUAACAAUUCUAAAUUGCAGAUGGAUUAUAAUGGCUUGAUCCAGAGUUAUGAGCAGAAUGAGAAAAAAAUGAAAAGUUUUAGUCAGGAGUUAGCACAAGUUCAGAAUAGAAUAGGACAGCUUCAUAAUACCAAGGAUCUUCUUCUGGGAAAACUUGAUAUGGUAGCACCACCGCUGCUGAUGGCUUCUUCAGUUUCACAAGCAUCAGAUAUUCCAAGCAGUACUUCUCCUGAAAUAGUCAGUGAUGCGUCCAAACUCCUUCAACAGGAAUUGGAGCAGCUUAAAAAUAUGCUACAAGAAAAAGAUGUGACUAUCAGAACUCUUAAGGAAAAUAAUCAAAGAUUGUCUGAUUCUAUGGCUGCAACAUCGGAGUUAGAAAGAAAGGGACAAAAGGACACUGAUCCAGAGAUGAAGCAGAUAAAGGGAAAAUGUGAUGUUUUCCAGAAGUCACUUAGGGAAAAAGACCUCUUGAUUAAAUCUAAAAGUGAUCAGUUACUUUCUGUAAGUGAAAAUCUCAGUAACAAAGAAAAUGAAAAUGAGCUUUUAAAACAAGCUGUCACUAAUCUUAAAGAAAGAAAUCUAAUUUUAGAAAUGGACAUCUGUAAGCUGAAAGAAGAAAAUGAAGAAAUAGUAGCAAGGUGCAGGGAGAAAGAAACCGAAUUCCGGGCAUUACAAGAGACUAACAUGCAGUUUUCAAUGAUGCUGAAAGAAAGAGAAUUUGAAUCCCACUCAAUGAAAGAAAAAGCUCUUGCCUUUGAAAAACUAUUGAAGGAAAAAGAACAGGGCAAGAUGGGGGAGUUGAAUCAUCUGUUAAAUGAAGUUAAGUCAAUGCAAGAAAAAGCUGUUUCUUUUCAGCAAGAAAGAGACCAAGUCAUGUUAGCACUCAAACAGAAACAAAUGGAGAGCAGUGCCCUACAGAAUGAGGUGCAGCAUUUACGUGAUAAGGAGCAGCGUCUAAACCAGGAACUGGAGAGGUUGCGCAAUCACCUCUUAGAAAUGGAGGACUCCUAUACACAGGAAGCUUUAGCUGCGGAGGACCGAGAGACCAAGCUAAGAAAGAAGGUCAUGGUUUUGGAGGAAAAACUAGUAUCCUCUUCUACUGCAGUGGAACAUGCCAGCCAUCAAGCUAGUCUGCAGGUGGAAUCCUUGCAAGAGCAGCUGAACCUAGUAUCCAGGCAGAGAGAUGAAACCUUGCUUCAGCUUACCAUGUCACAGGAUCAGGUGAAACAGUAUGCACUGUCACUGGCCAACCUGCAGAUGGUACUAGAGCAAUUCCAGCAGGAGGAGAAAGCCAUGUAUUCAGCGGAACUAGAAAAACACCAAAAACAGACUGCAGAAUGGAAAAAAAAAGCUGAAAAGCUAGAAGAGAGGGUUGAGUCUUUACAGGAAAGUUUAGAGGAAGCAAAUGCUGCCUUGGAUGCAGCAUCAAGGUUGACUGAGCAGUUGGAUCUCAAAGAGGAGCAAAUUGAGGACCUUAGGAAACAAGGUGAGCUCAAACAAGAAAUGUUAGAAGAUGCACAAAACAAACUAAUGAACCUUAUAAACAGCACAGAAGGGAAAGUGGACAAGGUCUUGAUGAGAAAUCUCUUCAUUGGGCAUUUUCAUACUCCAAAGAAUAAGCGUCAUGAAGUCUUAAGGUUAAUGGGAAGUAUUUUGGGGAUCAAAAAGGAAGAGCUAGAUCAGUUAUUGUCUGAAGACCAAAAAGGUGUUACAAGAUGGGUGACUGGUUGGCUCGGUGGAGGAGGAGCUGGAUCAAAGAGUGUCCCGAGCACACCUAUAAGACCAACUAAUCAAUCGGUUUUCAGUAGCUCCUUUUCAGAACUGUUUGUGAAGUUCCUCGAAACAGAAUCACGUCCAAACCUUCCCCUACCCACACUCUCUGUUCACGACAUGAAACCUUUAGGAGCAACAGGAAUUUGUAAUCCUAACAGUACCAGAUCCAGCAGCCUUACAGAAACUACAGGCUCAGGAACCAGUAGAAGACCAGAUGUGAAUCCAUUCUUGGCACCCCGAUCUGCAGCAGUGCCCCUCAUCACCCCCACUUCUCUUGGAGCAGGUGGAUCGGGGCAUCUGCUUAUGAAACCUAUUUCUGAUGCCUUGCCUACUUUUACACCACUGCCAGUGCUGCCUGAUGCCAGUGCUGGUGCUGUACUAAAAGACCUCUUGAAACAAUAGAUGGUUUUGAAUCAAUAUUGAUGAUGAUAGCACUUUAAGGAAAAUGAGAACUCUAUAUUUUAGAUAAUUUAUCACAAAGAGGCCUUUUGUAAAAAGUUGUGUACUUGUUUGCAGAUGUACAUCGUUUUUCUUUUAAAUUUAAUUAUGAACUAAACAGUGCUUUGGAAAUUGUAGGAGUCACGGGAAUAACUGUCUUCUUUAUUCAUAUUGGUUCUGAGGUAGGUUUUAAACUGGAGAAAAAUUAUUCUAUCUCAGUUGUAGAAUUGUAAAACAAACUGUUGGACUCAUAAACACUAGCUAUACUCUUGAGUUGUUUCAGGAGUGCAACAACAAUAUUAACUCUUCGGUAUUGGGGUCAGUUUGUCAAAGAGCACAAUCUGUUGACAAUGGGCAUGUGAGGAACCACCACUGCAAAUUAAUUAAGAUUUCUAACCAAAAUUUAUACAAUAUUUGGGGUGUGCAUUCAUGACACAAAUUCCAAAGAACGAGGUAGGGAGGCAUGUAGAGCUUGAUUAUUGGAGAUGACAAAAAUACUUGCAGUUACUCAACUAUAUUUAUGUAAAAAGGUAUCCCUCUCUUAAUAAGAGGAUAAGUUGCACCCCAAAUUUUGGACCACUUUGAGGCACAUCAGUCCUUUUUGCACCAGGAGCUACAUUUUUCCCAGUCUAAUAGCCGCUUAUGGCAAUCCAAAGUCACUGGCACCAAGGUGUUAAUUCUGGAAACAAAGGAGUUGGAGAAUAUCUUUGAUUUUUUUCUAAAAUCUUCCAUGUGGUGCAUAGCUAUCAAUGGAGAAUUUAACAGGUCCAUGGGAAUAUUAAUAUAUAUACACAUGCUGCAGUACAGUAAUGGUUUAAGAUGUAUAUUUAAGACUUUUAUCUUGCAGGAUUUGAUUUGAAACAGGUUUAAAGUUUGAACAUAUGUAUAGAACUUAAAGGUAAACAGAUGUUUACUUAUCCCAGAUUUGUAAAUAGGUCUAUAUAAGACCAUAGCCAAAGCCAAUUAUUAUGUAAAUUUUGCUGUGAUGACUUGUACACUUUAUACUACAUGUUGCAGAUAAAGUAUUGAAUUGCAUACUGAAAGUUAAAACUGACCUUCUUAGAAAAACAGUUAAAAUCUGCAACAAAGUUUCUUCAUUUAAAAAUGUCUAGUUUCUAAUCCUGUUUGUCAUUCCUUGUUUAGUCAGUGUUAAAGGUGAUUAUUGUGCAAGUUCUAUAUUAGAACUGUCAGCCUUUGAUCCUCUCCAUUUUUAUUACAUACCCUUAGUUUAAAUCAUUAUGAGAGUUAUGUUUAAAUAAAAUUAAUCACAGAAUCUUGUAUAGAAUCUGCCAAAAUAAUGACUGCAACAAAACUUUUUUCUUUAUUUAUAGAUAAAAUGGUAAAAUCCCUUCAUUUCCUUUAAACUCUUCUCUAGCAAAAUUUCUCAAUUUGUUACUCCAGUCAUCACGAAGAAUUCAACUUCGGAAUCACUUUCAUACAAUGACAUUCCCCAAUGUAGCAGUGUUUUAUGGAUUUGAAAUGGAAGGUUAAUGCAAAUUUAGAAGCAGAUCAAUCAUGCUAAAUUUUUGUUUCAGAUCACAAGUAUCUGUUAUAAAAUCUCUAUUAUGGAUAAAUUAAUGAAUGCUUUAAAGUCCUUUGAAAUUUGAUUUCUGAAAGGUCAGCAAGAAUAUUUCAUGUAUGAAAGCAAGUAUUAUGUUGUAUAAGAACUAAAUUUUAAAUUCCUAUUAAAUUUUUGGAUACCUUUGUUGAGACUAUUCAGGUAGGUUACUUAAAAUGUGUAUUGUCAUUGAAAAACCACCAUCAUGGAAUGGUUAUCUUUUGUCCAAAAGACUCUAAAGAAAGUUUAAACCAUGUGGUGUGUCUGUGCAAUCUCUUAUAUUCGUGUAAUUAUAUUUAUUUCGGGGUGAGCAAUCACUUCAAAUAAAAUCCUUUUGAUGAGCUGAUACAUAAUUUUUAAAAGGUAAAUAUUUCUGUAUAUAUUUUACAGAUUAUUAAUACAAGUGGACAUAGGCUGCAAGCUGUCUCCUGAAUAUAGUGGUUGACAGCCACAUUUUGGCUGAUUACUAUUUUUCACAAAAAAGUCAUCUUGAUUUUUAAAAACUGUAUAGAACUUAAAAUGCACAGAAGUGAAACAAGUUAGCUUCAUAGCUACCAGGAAAUACUGCAUAUUGGGGACCAUUGACUUCAGUGGACUUUAGAUCAGGUCUUUUAUGCAAUAGCUUGGUAACUGCCACCUAAAUCUUCCCAUGCUCUGGAAAACUUGGGCAGGGGGCAAAAAUAGUCAGGAAAUGUCAGAGUCCCUAAUUCAUGUUUCUUUUGGAGAAAGGAAAAUGUAUCAAAUUCUGAGAAGCCUAUGGAAUUGUAGAGAUUGCUUCUGUAGGCUUGGGAGUAUCUGUUUAGAGGGAAUGGGGUUCCCCCACUGCAUUCCUCCUUGGGAAAUAAUGGCCAUUAUUCAGCCGCUAGGGAGUACAGAAAGGACUGAGUUGACUUAAGUACACUUCCGUCUGAGACUGUUUUGCCUGCUGCUAUUGUAAGUAAUGCCCAAGAUUGCUGUUACUGAAAGAUCAGUGAAAAUAUCUUUUUUUGAUCUUUUCUCUUUAUUUGCUUUGUGCAUUUGAUGAUUCUUUAUACAUAGUCUGUUUCCCAUAUUUACAGUCAAUUAGUUAAUCAGUUUUUCCUGUUAUUUGUGUGGGUCUUUCCCACAGUAGUGGCUGGGGAGAAACCUUUUACAUAGCAAAAAGAUGAGUAUAAAAUCAUAAAUUGUCGGUGGGGCUUAGGAGCAGGUGCAGUCCUUGAAACUUCUUUUCACUUAAUGGACUAGAUUUUACAUUUUUAAUUUGACUCUGUCCCCCAAACCUCCUUUCCCACAGGAAGAGCUGCAUAGUGAGUGCUCCCCAGGUUUGAUCUGAUAGGCCCAUGUAUUAUCUGCAGUGAGAGAACUACAUGAUAUUAAUGUGAAGAAGCUUUUGGUAGGCUCGAUAUAAAGGGAAAAUCAGACAUUGCACCAUUUUGGGUUCUUUGCUCAACUCCAGGCUACACAAUUGAAGGGAAGUAUCUGGCACUUCAUAGUAGUUCUGUUGGAAACCAGGGGCAUUAUGCAAUAACGUACAUCUUGCAUUAAAGCUCUUCUGUGCAACUGUAUCUGCAACUGGCUUAUAUCACUGGUGUAAAAUAAAAAUGAACGCGACUCGUUUAUCACAGUGUAAACAAACUGUUGGCAGCAACCUAGGUGGACACAACUAAGUCAAAUGGCAACUCAUAAUCUGAUUCUCAUUUACCUUCCUGAUAAUUUAUGCACUUGACAAUGAUAUUUCACUAAUAAUUUGUAACAAGGCAGGCGACUUGAAAGAAGAAUUUAUAAAGCAAUAGUUGACUGAUAUAUUGCAUUAUUAGUACAAAAGAAAAUGUAAUUUAACUCAUAAAUGUUUCUUUCACAUUGUAAGUAGGCUUGGAAGAAGGAUUAGUUUAUCGGUAAAUGUUUAUUUCAUUGUUUACACACAAACCUGAUGAAAAUAAAAUGUCUUGUCAAUGAUAAUUGAAAUUUACUGAGAGGCAAAGUAAGAAAAACACUACUUGAGAACUUAUUGGACUCAAAACCCAGUGAUUUAGACUUCUGAAUUAGGCUUAUUGCAAAUGGACUAGCAAUUGAUUAGUAAAAAUAAGUGAUAUGUUGAUAUAAGAAUAUUUAAUUUGUAUAUUUUCACAUAUGAUGUUGACAAAUUAUGCUUUAACAGUUUAUAAGGCUUAAAUAAUUCUGACUUCCCCCAGCGCAUAAUUUCCAACAACUGUGAAAAUUUAAAAUGUUUAAAAACGGGGAAAAUGGUUAAACCCAUAAUUUCAUGCAACUGAGAAAAUUUAAAUCAAUAAAAUCUAAAACAAUGCUUAAAAAGAAACAUCAAUAUUAUGCACUGAAAUUAUUUUAAAAAAUUGAAUCCUGCCAAGCCUGUUGCUACCACAGUUUUCCAAGUAGCUCAGCUGCUACUUUACCACUGUCUUAAAGUUCAAGACUUAUAUUUUCAGUCAGUUGCAAUAAAUCAUUUAAUAUGUUUAAUACACAUUUGUUUAAUUAUGUGUUGUGAUUUUCUAGGUAUCUUGACAGUCCCAGUUCGGGAGAAGAUUUAGCUGUAACAAAAUGUCAUUAAACUUUUAUUUAAGAAAAAAAUGCAAAUUUUUAAUUUACUUUGGAGAGAAAAACUUUGCUGUGAAAACAGCAGUGACAGCUUAAAGAAUCAUUUGCACAAAUUCAAGCAGGGCCUAAAUUUGGAAGGACAAGAAGUAUUUAUAAAAAGAAUUUUGAAAUCUGAGCUCAACUUACAUUCUGAUACAAAUAAUACCAAGAGUGUUAGAUUUAUGUUUAUGUUCAAAGUCUUCCUUUCAUCAAAGUGCAGUUUUUGGAAAUGCCUAAAUUUCAAUUGCAAAUUGAGAAAUUUAAUUCUGUCCAUAUAAAUGAGAGAGCAUGCCAGCAGGAUGUCUUUAAACAUUUUAAAAAAAUUCUGGCAUAUUUUGAUAUGUCUUUACAGCAGGAGAUUUCUUAUUUUGCCACACCUGAUAGUUACUAAAAUCCUUAUUAGCUGUUAGAUAAGUGAAUAUCUGUAAGGUGAAAAUCUACAGCUUGUGGCAUUUGUUUUGUGCUGCAUUGUGCUAUAUAAGUUUAUAUACUUUUCCAUUUUUUUUGCAGAAUUGCAAAGCUUAAAAGCUAACAACAAAAAUGAUACAUGUAAGUUGGCAAUGUAUGUUGCACAAUAAAAAAAUUAGCAAAACA